AUGAGAAGACGCAGCCGGCAGAGGGACGAUAUUUCAAACGUCGUUCGCCAGAUCAAUCCCGAUUCGCUUCCGCGUUUGAGCAGUAUCUACAAUGUCCGUACAGUGAAGCAGGAGCCAACGCCCCCUCCUCCCUCAGAAUAUGAUCAGUUGCGCACACAGCUGCGCCAGAAACCGUUUGAAGCGGAUACGUGGCUGAGGCUUGUCGACAUUGCCGAAGACUCGGGCAACAUCGAGAUGAUCAAGGAAACCUACGAGGGAUUACUUGAAGCCUAUCCUAAUACUUCUUCCGCGCAGAUUGCGUAUCUGAAUCACUUCCUCGACAACCCUGAGACAUUCGGAUUUGCCGAAAGCCUGUUCAAGCGAUUUUUAAGAACGUCGUCGUCAGUCGACUUGUGGAAGGUUUACCUCACAUAUGUCAGGAGAGUGAAUACAGGCCCGAAUGCGCGCGAUGUGGUGCGCAAGUCUUAUGAAUAUGCAUUGAACCAUAUCGGGCAGGACAAGGACAGUAGCGAGAUAUGGACGGAGUACAUACAAUUUCUCAGAUCUGGCGAGACGACUACCACCUGGGAAGAGCAGCAAAAAUUGGACGCGAUCCGCAAAGCCUAUAGUCGUGCAGCUCAGGCACCGAUGGAGAACACGAAGAAGCUCUGGAAAGAAUAUCAAGACUUUGAGAAUUCUCUCAACAAGAUCACGGCAAAGAAAUUCCUCUCAAAUCUCCAGCAGGGCCAUAUACAGGCGCGUACGGUGCUCAGCCAGUUGCAGGAGCACCUCACGAUGCUCUUUUCUCCCCCGCCCCCAUCGAGAACGGCACGACCGCCUAUAUGGCUGCCCCGUCAGCCGGAGUUUAACGCAAGAGACAAAACACUGGUUGGCCGCUGGCAGGCGUAUCUUAAGUGGGAGGAGGGCAACCCGCUCGAGAUCGAAGAAAAAGACAAGGCGACCCUUCAUUCGCGCCUGAAAGCGGUGUACCGCAAAGCCAUUGUGCGCAUGCGAUUCUUCUCGGAAAUCUGGUACAUGGCAUAUGUGUGGACAAAUAGCAUUGGCAAAACGGACGAGGCGCUCGCUAUACUGAAGGCCGGAAUUGAUGCAAACCCGUCGAGCUUUGUUCUGAACUUUGCCUACGCUGAGGCCCUCGAGAUCAGACAAAACUACUCAGAGGUACACGCCACCUUCACCAAGUUCCUUGACGUCCUCCGCCAAGAUCCGGAGGAGGUCGAGCGACGAGUCAGCGCAGAAAAUUCAUCGCCAUCGACCGCACCCAAUAGUCAGCGAGAGCCGCUCAAUCCUCCGUCACAGUUCUCGCCAUUCGUAUCGCAGGUGUCGGAGGAGCGGCCGUCGAAGAACAAGGAGUUGCAUGAGCGUCGGACGGACUACGGAAUCGCGUGGAUCAUGUACAUGAGGUUCGGAAGACGCGCAGAGGGACUGAAAUCCUCGCGGGCGGUGUUUGGCAAGGCGAGACGGGAUCGCUGGACGCCAUGGGAGGUGUUUGAAGCUGCCGCAUUGAUGGAGUACCAUUGUACGAAAACGACAGAUGUCGCCAGUCGCAUCUUCGAGAAGGGAAUGGGAAUAUUCGGCGACGAGGUCGAAUUCGUCAUCCAUUACCUCGGCUUUCUGAUCUCUCUCAACGAUGAAAACAAUGCUCGCGCGCUAUUUGAGCGUGUUGUCAGGACCUUACCGCCAGAUCGCGCUCGUCCCUUAUGGGAGCGAUGGAGCCGGCACGUGCACCAGUUUGGUGACCUGGAUGCAUCUCGCAAACUAGAAGCGCGGAUGGCAGAGGCAUACCCGACGGACCCGCCCAUUAAAUGCUUCGCAGAACGCUACAAGUAUUUAGGGACAGAUGCUAUCGCUGUCCGGGAUCUUGGUUUCACAGUCUCUCGACAAGGCAGCAUGAACCAUGGUUGUCCGGACGGCUCCACGCUAGGCCGCACGGAUGCCCAAUUAUCGCUUAUGUUCAACGCAAGCACGACGCAGGACGAGAGCCGCGAGUCGGACUUUGGCCCACCGUCGAAGAGACAGAGGCCGGCGUCGCGGGAGCGGGACAUGUGGGACGGCCGGCGGAGACGGCACGGUACGCCGCCGUGGCAGAGGGAUCGCAGCCGUGAAGGGCCACUGCGUCGGUUUUCGAAGGAGGAGAAGGAAGAGAACCCAGUGAUGCUGCCGCCGGUGCUGUCGUGGUUCGUAAGCGUGCUGCCAGAGCCUACAGCAUUCGAUGGUCCCAUAUUCAGGACGGACGACUUGAUGCAAGUGUUCCGGAAUGUGGUCAUACCAUCAACUUCGAGUGUGUCGAGGGUGCGCACGCCGGCUCCCCCUCCACGUGCCGGUAAGCUGCGCGGAGGACCUCCUCCAGACUAUGGUCCAUAUCAGCGAUCGGGCCGCCGCGGGAGGUUUUAG